GGUCUGUGAACCGGAAGCUGGGCUCUGGCCGCAGCGGAAGUGUGCUCAGGUGCUGGAAGCCGGUGUUCACAUAUUGUGCAGACCACGCCGGAGAAUCAUGUCUAAUCCGAGCCCAAGUAACAAGCCGUCCGCCCCCGGCAAUCCGCGGGUCUUCUUUGAUAUCGAUGUGGGAGGGGAGCCAGUUGGUCGUGUGGUGCUGGAACUCUUUGCAGAUAUUGUCCCUAAAACAGCCGAGAACUUCCGAGCUCUGUGCACCGGGGAACAAGGAAUAGGGAAGACGACAGGAAAGCCUCUGCACUUCAAAGGAUGUCCUUUCCAUAGAAUUAUUAAAAAAUUCAUGAUCCAGGGUGGAGAUUUCUCAAACCAAGAUGGAACUGGUGGCGAAAGUAUAUAUGGAGAGAAGUUUGAGGAUGAAAACUUUCAUUAUAAGCAUGACAAGGAAGGCUUGCUCAGUAUGGCUAACGCAGGACCAAACACCAAUGGCUCUCAGUUCUUCAUCGUAACUGUACCGACACCUCACUUAGAUGGGAAACAUGUCGUAUUUGGACAAGUGCUUAAAGGGUAUGGCAUUGUGAAAAUGCUGGAAAAUAUUGAAGUUCAGGAGGAAAAGCCUAAAAAGCCAUGUGUAAUAGCAGAUUGUGGAGAGUUCCGAGACGGAGAUGAGUUGGUCAUGGCACCUUCAGACGGCUCUGGUGACAUUCAUCCUGACUUCCCAGAGGACUCUGACGUUGAACUAAAUGAUGUGGAAAAAAUUGUCAGCAUUGCAGAAGAUGUCAAGAACAGUGGAAAUAAUUUAUUCAAGUCUCUGAACUGGGAGAUGGCAAUAAAGAAAUACAAUAAAGCUCUACGAUAUGUAGAGAGCUGCAAAGAUGUCACCGGAGAUGACAACAUUUCAAAGUUAAAUCCUAUUGCUGUAAGCUGCAAUCUGAAUAUUGGGGCUUGUAAGCUGAAAAUGUCUGACUUCAGAGCUGCAAUUGAGAGCUGCAAUGAGGCUCUUGAAAUUGAUCCCGCUAACACAAAAGCACUUUACAGACGGGCCCAAGGUUGGCAGGGAUUGAAAGACUAUGAACAAGCACUGGAGGAUCUAAAGAAGGCACAUGAGUUGACCCCAGAGGAUAAAGCUAUCGGCAGUGAAAUUCUUCGGGUCAAGCACAGAAUCAAAGAACAGAAGGAAAAAGAAAGAGCUGUCUAUGCAAAAAUGUUUGCAUAAAUAUGUUUACAUUAAACUGGGCAUGCAGUGUUCUGAAAUCUAUGGUAUCUGGGUGCAAAAGAGCUGUAUGAGGCUACCCUGUGAUAUUAAACCAAAAACAUUUUCAUAGGUUCUCAACACAGGUGUGACGGUUCACCUAAGUGUUAUUGACGGUUUACAUUUUAUUUUUGGGCCAUCUCUUUUAAUGUUUUUUUUUCUUUUGUGACACUGCAUGGACUAUGCAAAAAGUGUUAUGUGCAGUGUAACAUUUAAUUUGUGAUUUGGCUUCUGUUAGUAACGCUUACUAGUCUUAUUUUGUGUGACAGUGAAAGAGCGAGGCUUAUUGUCUCCUGUGUACCGUUACAUGGCAACAGCAGUUCUGUCUUAAAAGCAUAACGUGAUUUUGCUCCACAACAUGAUUAAACUUGUUACUGUCUUUCCUAAUAAAGACUGUUACUGCUG